AACACACUUUCAGUAUUUAACUGAGAGUUGAUGGAUGUGUGUGUGUGUGUCUUUCAUCUAAGCGGUUGACUGAAUGUGCAGGUGUGCGUAAGAUGUGUGAUAGAAAACUAGAUAACACUCGGUAUUAUAUGCCUCUUGUUGCUGUUGCUGAGUCACAUGAGCCUGCUAUUGAGUCAUCUGAGUCUCCUGUUGAGUCCUGUGAGCCUCUUGCUGUUGUUGAGUCAGAUGAGCUUUUUGUUGCUGAGUCACCUGAGCCUCUCGUUGCUGUUGUUGAGUCACCUGAGCCUCUCGUUGCUGCUGUUGAGUCACCUGAGCCUCUCGUUGCUGCUGUUGAGUCACCUGAGCCUCUCGUUGCUGCUGUUGAGUCAUCUGAGCUCAAAAAUGUCUCAAAAAAUCAUCCCAGAUCCUAGAUGCAAAGUUGAGCCUCCCAUAAGCUAAUUUUGUUCCCAACCCUCACAACUUUUGGCCAAUUAUUGGAAUUUCUUGCUUUUUAUAGACAUAGUUAUGUUUUCUGUUAUAAUUCAGUUUCUUUUAUAAUGUCCUGUCCAAUCACUUUAAAUAAAUGAAACUUUUGGCACAAGGCCUGCAAUUUGAAGGGAGGGGGUCAGUUGAUUCCAUUGACUCCAGUGCGCAACUGGUACUUAUUUGACUCUGGAAGAAAGAAAGGCAAAGUUUACAUUGGUGGAAUUUGAACUCAGAACAUCUACAGGAAAUACUGGUAAGCUUUAGAUACUAAAUGCUUUAAUGCACCAAAAUCUUCUUUUUCUGAAUAUGUCCUAAGGAAAUUGAGGUGCAUCUAAUAUGCCUGUCUAUUUUUCAUGCCAUCAAAUGCAAGUGCCCCAGCAUGGUCAGUCCAAUUAAUGAAACCAAUAAAAAAAAAAAUACAAAGAGUUUAGCUGACACUUGACUGAAUGACAAUUAACCAUUCUUGGCUUAAUUGAAAUAUCUGGUGUGUCUU